AUGGCCCAGGCCGGGCUGAGCCCAGCCUCCGAGGUUGUCCAGGCCUCCUUGGGCCCUGUCUGUGCCAACACUUCACAAGAAACAGCUGCCCGGCCCAGGAGAGCAGCUCCUGACCCAGGGUCUGAAGCAAACACCCAAUCGGUGAUCCGAGUUCUGUCUGCACGGCGGCAACGCAACACGCUGAAAACCACAGACAGGGCUCGGGGGCAGCAGGCACUGGCCCUCCUCCCCGUCUGCCUGGCCCUGGCCUUCUCCCUUACCACCCUGGGCAGCAGCCACUGGUGCGAGGGGACCUGGAGGGUGGCAAAGCCGCUGUGCCAGGACCACGCAGGAGGGCGGCCCUGCAUUCAUUUCAGCAGGGGCGGCAGCGACGGCAGGAAGGACAACGAGAGCCGGCUGUUAGUACAUUGGGAGAUGGGGGACGACAAGUUCACGGAGCGCAGGCUGCACGCGGAGCUCUGGCAGUCCUGCGAGGAGGGCCUCAGCUGCACAGGGGCCUGGGGCUCUUUCGCCCUCUGCGUGGUGGUGGUGGUCACGGGCAGAUACACAGCAGCCUGCCUGGAACUCACGGAGAAGCAGGAAGCACAGAACGGCAGCUGGCACUCUCAACACCCCUUCCCGGAACCCGAGGCUUUGGAAAAUGUUUGGGAAGCGGAAGCUGCUCCCAGCCUUGCAGGGCAUGUCCUGCAGCACAGAAAGCUGCACCGCGAAGGCCUGCGUGACUGUGGAAGUGGUGGCCGGUUCUCAGGACACCUGGGCAUGGGCGACCACUGUCAGCUGAUCUUCUUCAGCAGAGAGCCCGCCACCAACACCACAGCAGACCCGGAUGCCGCCUCCUCGCAAAGGAGCCUGUACCGUUGUGGGCUGGUCUUCCGACGAAGGACUUGUAAAUUGUCCAAUCACAGCAGGGCCACAGCUGCACAGUACGUCUCCUGA